AUGGCCUGGCACUGAGCCCCUGCAUCCUCCCUGCUCAGGGCUGGCUCGGCGCUGCUCCGCCAGGGAAACGCCAGCCCAGGAGCUGCAGGAAGAUGAUGUGCCUGCCUGCCUCCCCACCGGCGCUGAGGACGUGCCUGAGGCUCGGGCUCUUGGUGCUGCUCUGCCUUGGGAUAGGCCAAGCCCAGGAGAAGAAAGAGGUCAAAAGCAAAGCGGGGGAAAAGGCCAGCCUGCCUUGUUGCCAUGAAAUCCCCAGCUCAGAAAGCCUGCACAAGUACCGGGUGUACUGGCAGAAGAACGUCACAGACGUGGUGCUGGCCUACUCGGAGGGGAAGGUGAUCUCCCAGCACGAGCGGUACCAGAACCGCACGGAGAUGGACCCCCGGAACCUCACGCUGUGGAUCUCCCCCCUGGAGAUCCUGGACAACGGCUCCUACCAGUGCGUGGUUCAGCGCAACUCUGUGCUGGUGUGCAGCGAGUCUGUCGUCCUCUCUGUCACAGCUGACUUCAGCAAGCCCAACAUUACGGCAGAAGUGUCCGCUGACUCCUGCGAGUUGACUGAGAUGGUGAUAACCUGUUCUUCUCACGGAGGUUUCCCCAAGGCUAGGCUCUCUGGAGCCCUCAACAACGUGUCCAUGGAGUGGAAUGCCAGCUGGGUGUCUGAGUCCAGCUUCAGCCCCUACAAUGUCACUGGAAAAAGGGUGCUCAACGUGACCAAAGACGUCACCGUCACUUGCUCCGUUGAAUACAGUGGCUUUGCCACGUCCAACAGUUUGCUUCUGAAAAAAACAAACAACUGCAUUGUUCCUCCUGCGCCUCCACCUUAUAAUGUCAUUACUGCUUCAAUUAUCAUCGUUAUCACCUUCAUUCUGGCUAUCACCCUGGCAGCAAGAUACCUCCCAAGGCAUGUUUGUUCUCGCUGUUGCAAGCACCAGGAUUCUGUGGAAGAGGGUGUGAAAGAACACACAAAGGCACCCGUGAUCUCUAAAGUGACAGCUGAAACAUCAUCUGUAUGACCAGAUAGCAUUUGCAGGUUCUUGACGCUGUGCAUCCCGCGCUGCAGCCUCCACUGCUGGUUGUACAGCGAUGCUUGCUGCCUUGGCUCUCUGGAGGGGGUGGCAGCAGCAGAACUCUCUGCUCACCACGGCUGGAACACGACCUCCUGUGGACGAUGCAACCCCUGCCCACGGCACAGAAACCCUGCCGUGCCCUCGCUACAGGCAUUCCA